AUGGCCUCCCAGAUGAAGCUGCCGCUGCCCACUCGCAAUACCUUCCCCAGGUCCCAAGACACCACGCCGCGCUCCCUUCGUUCCCCUGGCGGCCAGUCGCCCUGCGAGGCAUACUUCAACGGAGGCCUCAUGUCCCCCAUGUCUGCCUACUUCGAUGGUGCGCACGCGCAGCAGCAGUGCUUCUUCGCUGGCACAGGCCCCGCGGAGAGCCGCAUGCCGCGCACGCAGCCGCCAGAGCACCCUCCGCAGACACCUCCCCCGGAGAGCCCUCCCACGCAGCCUCCGCAGAAGCCGCCAUCCCAAGCGACCAACCAGCAGAUGCAGAUGGGAGUGCAGCAGAUGCCUUUCGUGACCUACCCUACGCAGGGCAUGCCGUGGCCAGUCUCCUCGGCGCCCAUGUCCCUUCCCAGCGGCGGGCCUACUCUGCUGCAAGGAGCGCCAGCUACGGUCCAGAAGCAGCCGCCACCCAAGCCGCCUGUGGCCCGCAAGGUGGACGCCGGUGGGAGGUCCCCGCAAGCACGGUCUUCCUGCCCCGCCGCGGUCUAUGUGGACCUCUCCUCGCUGCGCGAGAAGAAGUGA